CCUGACCCGGGCAGGGGGGGCGGAGUGAAGAGCAAACGAGAAAGAAAGAGAUGUGUCAGUGAGUUCCCGCGAGAUGUGACGGAAGCCUGUGGGGGACCUGGGCUUUAAUGUGCGGCUCCGCCGGCGGUCGUGAGGGAUUUUUUUGUGGAAAGAAAAAGGAUGGAAGAAACGGUGGGAAAACACAGGAGGGUUGCAAGUGGAAGACAGUGUCUGGACCUCCAGUAAAAUUCCGUGAAUAAGGCAGGGUGCUGGCAUGAUAAAUGCACCCUUAAGCGGUUCCUGCUUUUAAAUUUUGUUUAUUACUGUGUGUUGUGUCUUUUUGCUGCUGUUUCUGUGUUUUAUGGAGGGAUUUGUUUAGUCAUUACAUUAUUUAUUAACUUGGAACUCUUUAGAGAGAGAGUAAGAUACAGAUGUUUUGGAAUAAAUGGGGGUAGGGGUGUACUGUGUACUCUGAAGCAGGUGUGCCCAGAAUCUGAGAAAUCUGAAGGGUUUCCUAGGCAGACAAGUGAAAAACAGUUUUUGAAGGUGGAAAAUUUGAAAUCCAUUGGCCUACUCCAAUUUUCAUAUAUAUGUUUGAUCCAAAAUGAACUUGUUCAGAUGAACUUUCCUUAAGCAUUUCAUGCCCCUGGCAGUGUCUUGAGGAAUAUCCUUGUUGAACUAAACAUGCAAAAGAAAAUUGUUUUGGAUAGCCAAUACAUCUUACUAGAAAUGUCUUCAAGUCGUAUUCAAGAAGUAAAUCUAAAUGAGUAGUGUGCUUUUGAAAAAGCAAAGAUUUACAAAUAAGGAUUUUUUUUCAGAUUGAGAACAGCAUCGAAAUAUAUUUUAAAUAGGCAAGACUCAGGUUUACCAUUAUUGUAGUAGAAGAGUGGUGAUAUUUACUUUAUUUACUUAUAAAGUUUAACCAACACUCUGAGGAGUUGCAUAUCUGGAACCGGUGUGAUAUAGUGGCUUAGUAUGUUGGGAUCUGACAAGGAAUUGAAUCCACAUUCAUCCAUGAAACGUUGUUAGUUAUCUAGACUGAAAGUAAUUGACUUAAUCCAAUUCAUAAGGUCAAGCCCUAGAGAUAAAUUCCUUACCAAUUGAAAUUUAAGAGAAUCAGGAGAAAACUUCAAGUUUGCUUGCAAAUAUCUGUUCUAGAGCAAUAAUGUUUAUAAUGUAACUGUAUGCAGCAAGAGGUGCAGGUAAAAGUCAGUUGGUGAACAAAUUGAACCUACUUCUUAGUAAUAUACAAAACUAAAUUCAAAUGUUAAUUGUAAGUUUAUGACUAUAUGAGGAAAGUCCAGGAAUUAAUUUGGUUUAGGGAACAAUCCUAUGGACUGUAGGCAGCUUCUGAAGGGCCAUAGGUUAGUUUGGAUUCCUAGAUCUGAGGCUGAAGACAAUGCUUUCACCUGAGAGCUGGGAAUUAGAGCUCUAGUCCCUUGCCCCUGCACAGUGAGCACAAAACAAGCUGUUUCAGCCACUCUCUGAGGUCAAGCAUGCAAUCUCAGAGAAGUAAAAGUAGACAUUUUGGGGGAGGGGAGGCACUUCUGUGCUCCAGCCACCUUCUUUCCCUCUGCAAGAUUCUCUAAAUAGACAACUAAAAAAGCCUGUUUAGCACAGAGUGCAGGAUAAAAGGACAAGGAGGUGAAGAUUGACUCUGCUCUACCUGCUCUGCAUAAGAUGCCCAUAAGACACUUUGUUCAAAGACUGACAGUCAUUGCAAGCCAAAUACACACUCAAUCCAUUUUGAAGCAUACUUGCUAUCUCAAGAUUUGAAUUUAAAACUUUCAUUCAGUAUUUCACAACAUCCACUCUGUAUGGUGAGCUUUAUUUGAAACCAAGUUAAUGUCCCAUUACAAAUCAUGGGGAAAGAGCAGUAGGAUUUAAAAUCAAUAUUAUUUCUUUACUUUACUCUCCAGAAGCAUAUGCCACGAGUGGUACUGUUUUGGAUACUGGAAUUUGGGAUUUAUGCUGAAGCAGACAUUUGAAGUUUUUUAAAACUGUUACUGAAGAAGACUAUCCAGUUGAAACUGUUGGGGAAGCAACAACAUUAAAUUCAGUUUCACUGUAGUGUUUGCCUGUCAUUAUGGUGUUUAUAUACAUUUCUUUAUGACCAUUGUAUAAUCAAUUUCUAUUUACCAAUUGACUUUUACCUGCACUCUUUGUGCAUUUUUACUAAGGUUGUAUAUAUUUUUAGAAAGCUUUGUACACACACACAUUGUUCUAGUAGUGGUAUUUGCAUGCAACAUUUGCAAUUCCUUCUUCCUCUCAAAUCCCUCUCAGAAGGUGGUUUGAGACUAACUAUAUACAUACUGUAUUGAAUUCCUAGGAAGGGGAAUAGAAAUGGGAUGAAUCUAAUAGCCCACUGGUACAGAUUUGCUUUUCUGAUUCUAUUCUAACUGGUGCAAAUUAAACUUGAUAUCUGGGGUAGCAAUGCCAUUCUCUACCUUUCAUGCAAUAAAAACUUUUUUUUAAAGUUGCAAAGAGACUGUGGUUGUGUUCUUUAUUCCUCAGCCAGUAAACAGCUGCAGGGUGCCAAGUUAUCACUAGCCACUAUCACUAGCCUCUGAGAAGACUGUUACACAGGAGAAGAGUUGUUCCCCAAAGGUGGAUGUUUUAAUUUUUUUUGAGCCAGGAACAAUAGCUAGUGCAGACAUUAGGGGAUGAGUUGUGAACUUGUACUACCUCUGGUAUCUGUACUUGAAGCUGUACUACAAGUAUAGAUUGGGCAGUAAAACAUUCUCUUUGCUCAAGUUUAAAACACUUUAAAAAAUCAUGCUAUAUGUCAAAGCAUGGAAAGUGAUUGUAGUCACUGAUUGUAUUUAAGUAGAAAGUAAUGUUUUUAUUGGUUGGUGUUUGGGGCACUUGAUUGGCUUUGUUUGCAUGAACAGUGCUGCUUGUUCUUUGAGUGUAUAAAAAGCAUUUUUGGAAAACUACAUUUAGGUUUUGUUUUGGUCUGUGGAAAUGACCUUGAAAAAAACCUUUUACCUACAACCACCCACCUGCAAAAUCCAAAACGUAAUGGUGAUCUUUUAAUCCCCCACCCCUUUAUCUCAUGGGGAAUGCUGUCUGAGCUUGCUUACAGCAUUUCUGUCUAUUGCACUAUGUUUUAUCUUCAAGUAUCUUUCUACUUUUCUUCUAUAUCACUGCUAUGCAUCUGGGGAGAGGGUUGUUGUUCACUGUAUGGUGUGAUGGGGUAUUCAUAAUUGUGCAUUGUUUCUUUAGUUCCUCCCAGGAAAGCAGGGAUCACCUCAUUUUCUGAAUGUUGCUUCCUCUUACUUCACACACAGUUCCUUCUCUGCCUCAUUCAAGACUGUCAUCUAACAAGUUUUCUCACCAAUUUUCCUCAUAAAACACCUUUUAUGACUUUUACUUAACACUUUUUAUUAAUAUUUCUUAACCCAGCUUCCUUCAUAUCUCUGAACUGAUAACUCUGAUAGAAAGGGGAACGAUGCCAUCAAAAAAGUCUGGACAUCAUUAGGGCCAUCAAGAUUCCAAGUUUGUGCCAGCAUGUCUCCUCACAGAGCUUGCUAGACUCUUGCUUUCCUGGUUACCAAGCUGCUGGAUUUCCUAAGCAUCACAGUCAUGCUACUGUACCUCGGCAGGAUAGAAACCAACACUAGGACCAUGAAAUUGUAGUUCUCUCCCCAAAAUCAGAAGCAGCCAUGUUCAAAAUGGUGCAUUGGUGCACUCUGAACAGCCUGUCAACCAGAGUUUUAUGAUUUCUGAGGCCUCCAACACCAAAUUGGCCCUGGCAGAGGAUACCACAGCCAACACCUGGAGUUAGCAUUGUAGGAAGAUCACAGCAAUGCCUCAGAUAGUGGACAUAUUUUUUUCCAACUGGAAUCUCCCUACCAAUUCCAGGCAGUGCUUUCUCCUUUAAGUCUAUUCAGACAUUCAACAGCUGUAGAUCACAAGGCCUAAUGCUUUUAGGGUAACACCCUGCUCCUCCUUCAGUUAGGAUCAAUUUCAGAUCAGUGAAUAUACUGACCAAAUCCUUGGCAGGCAUUUCUCAAAGCAGUCCAGAGCAGCUACUCUGAGGAAAUGAUCAAUGGCAUCACCUCCCUUUAUUCUCCACCUUCUCUCUCUCUACCCAUAAUAUGGUCUAAAUCAGCAAUGGGGAAUAAACAGUCUGUUAAAGGGAGAGUGCCGAAGCAAGCAAAAAUUCACCAUCUCAGGAACCACCAUUAAUUUUGUGGCAGAAUCUGACCAAGUCACCCGUUUCUCUUGUCCAGCAGUUAUUCCCUUGUGCGUGUCCCUAUAGAUAAUUAAAGCUAUUCUUCUCAUUGAAAUCUAUCAGAUCAGGAAGUAAGAGCUGAUCAGACUCAGCUCAAACUGAGUAGCCUUCUAAAGAUCACCUGUUUAACUUGUUCCUUUUGCACUCAGAAGCACUGGCCUUUGUAGGCUUCAACUCCCUUUCAGAGGAGGAACCUAUUCCCUCCUCAGCAGCUACCUCCAGAGGAGAGUCAACCUUUCCAGAAACCAAGGCAACAAACAGGGAAGUUCCUUGACCUUCUCUUUUCAAGAAGCUGGUGGGCUGCUGUGGUCCAAGGGCAUUGACAUAGUGCAAAAAUUUCUACUCCCUUCCAUAGAAAGUAGUGGAAAAACUUAAGAUGCUCCAUCUAGAUCCUCACUGAUGGCUCUUCUUUCAGGAGCGAUCACUUUCCAAGAAGGUGACAUCUCAGUCAAGGAUCCUAAUGGGAAGCAUGCAGAUUUGCCCUUCAAAGAGUUCACAAAUCAGCUUUACUAGCCUUCAGAGCAUCCUCCGCUUUGUCACUCAUUCCUCAUGCACUCAUUAUUUGGAUGGGGGACUUGCUUAAUAAUCCUAAUUUAGACUGCAGAACCUUGCACAGAGGGCCUCUUUAAUUGCAUGAUGCACUAUUCAGAAUGCUGUUGUCUAUUCUGCCAGGGUGAUAGCUGUCUCCAAGCGGUUCAUGUAGCUAAAACACUGGAAUGCUGACACAAUUGCAAGGGCUAAUCUGGCCAUGGAAGCUUGUCUCUUUGGUGAAGAAACAUUCAAAACUUGAAGAAAAAUGGAUAGGAAGAAAGCAGUGUUGUCAUCUCCAGGUCCUAUCCCUUUUCUUCCUCUAGAAGUUUUAGCAGGUUCAAAGACAUCAGGUCCUUCAGAGACUUCAGGUCCUUCUGAUUUUUUUGUAUUGUGCUUCAUCCCAUAGGGCCAUCAGGGAACCACCUGUUCCAAUAUUGUACAGGUAUCCCAAUCCACUCACUAGGAGUUUUGAUAGGAAUCAAUCCCAAGUGGAGAGUGCAAGAGAACCUUCUCAUUGUUCUCAUCCAAGAACAAUGGCUAUAGACCCUAAUUCACAAGGGUUAUCCCAUCAAAUUAUCCCAUAAGCCAAGAGACAGAUUUUCUCCCUUCUCUGCCUCCAGCUCCCUCACAGAUUAAGUUAUGUCACAAGCUAUUCAACAUCUUAUGGACAUGAAGGCAGUAGAGCCAUAGAACUGUUCUGAAGCAUUUAUUUUCUUCAUUAUCCCAAGGAAGGAAGAGUCAUAGUGAUCCAUUUGGAUGUAAAACACAUAAACAACUGUGUGACAUAUCACAAAUUCAGAAAGGAAACCUUCCAGACCAUGCAAGGAGCCCUCCCAUCAGGUUUAAUAUUUAGCCUCAGUAGAUGUCACAGAGGCCUGCUUGUACAUUCCUAUUGUUCUGCUCCACAGGAGAUUCCUUCUUUUAGCAGAAUAGACACUUUCAAUGCUGUGCUCCCCCAUUUGGCCGAGCCUUAGCCCUGAGUCUUUAAACGGAUACCAAUGAAAACCUUUUUCUACCUUCCAGCCAUCCAUUUAUACUGCUGUCUGGACAAUCACCCUCACCAGCACCUUCUUUCUUCAAAGCCAAAAAUUACCUUUCAUGCCACUCAAGCAUGACUCAGAUCAUGGUUUCUUAAUGGUCAUCAGUAAGGGCCUGACUCUGCCAAAGGGAUUGAUUCAUCUAGGAGCACUUAUAAACAUACUGGCUCCAUUUCUCUGUCUCCAGAAAGAAUCUAAAACUGAUCUUAGAGCAGUGGAUCUCAAGACCCUAGCAUACCUUUUAUGACUUAAUUGCCCGUACUCAGAUUCUUCCAUUGGCAAGAUUUCACUCUCAUUCAUUACAGUGAUUAUUCCUACCUUACCCUCAAAUGCUACAGAUUAAUUUCAGUUCUCUCCCCUGUCCACCCCAUAUUCACUACAUCUCUCAUUGGAUGGGAAGCCUGUUCCAGUUUCCACAAAUGAAUCCCCCAAGAAUAACAAUAAUAUCAGUUUUAAUGGGUGGGGGCACUGUUACAAUCUGAUAGCCCAAGAUUAGUAGUCAUCUAUAGAAGUCAGCCACAGCCUCAGUUAACUAGAACUGUGAAUAUAUUAUCUAGCACUUGCCCACUUUCAUCAUCUCCCAUGGGGCUUCACAUCCUUAUAGGGACAGUAUCUCCAUAAUGGGCCACAUAAACCAGCAAGGAAUGUCUUAUUCCAAGUCACUUAAACAAAACAAAACAAGCUUCUCUUUGGUUGGAGUGAUCCAUUCUUUUGCUCAGACUGCUACAUCCAAGGGAUACUGAAUGUGACAGUAGGCUCUCUCAGUAACACACUGAUUUAGGGGACUCAGUCUUCAGUGUUAAAGCUUUCACCAAACUUACCACCACUUCAGCCAUCUGACAGUAGACCAUUUCACGUGCCUUAAAAUAUCAGAAGCUACAUUAGUUGUUCUCCUACUUCCACUCUGGCAAGGUAGGAAGCUUGCAGUUUCCACUAACAUCUCUGAUGAUGAGAGUUUUUCACAAAAAUAAAGCAAAUCAUCAUUGUCCUCAUGGCCCCACGAUGUUCAAGAUGUACAUGGUGCUCCAGAAUGCUAUAGCUAGCUCAGACAAAUUUCUGAUUCCUUUAAAGCAACAUGAUCUCCUCACUCACUUUGUCAUCUAGAUGCACGCUGGCUAUAUGUAGCAGCAUAGCAACUGAGCAGCAAAAAUUCCUGAGACUAGACUACUCAAAACCGGUCAUUAAUGCUCUUCGGUAUUCUAGGAAUCAGUCAUCUGAAUAUAUCUAUAAAGCAACCUCGAGGGCUUUUAAUUCAUGGUACAAACACUAAACAGUGUACCCUUUCAAGGCAAGCUUCAUUCACUUCCUUUACUUACUCCAAGCAGGUUUGGACAUGAGCCGUAAGUUUAAAGAGACAGACAUAAUCUUUUUCCCCAAUCUUCUUCUGACCUGGAUAUCACCAGUGUUGAUACAUCCCUGACUAAAGUGCUUCUUAAUAACUGCUUUUCUCAGCUUUCUGGAAGUGCAUAGAUUUCCAUCAUGGAACCUACACACAGCCCUAAAAGUUCUUGCCAACGUCCCUUUUGAACCAGUGUGUCAUUCUGGUGUCUGUCUUUUAUGGUGGCUUUCCCCAUAGCCUCCUCUUCAGCCAGAAGUGUUCCUGAGUUGGGAGUCCCCUCUUUCUGAAACCAUUUGUCACUGGCAGCACAGUAAUGCACAGACCCUUCAUGCCAAAAAAAGGUCCGUGUUUCACCAUUCCCAAGUUGGCCUUUCCAUCUUUCUGUUCAUAUCCUUCUUACUUAAAAAGCAAUGGCACAGAUUUAAUAUCUGCAGGACUCUAAAGAUGUAUAUGCAUAGAACCAAGGAUCCAAGCUUCACAGUCUCAUUAUUUGUGUCUUUCCAUCCAACAUCACUAGGUAAAAAGGCCUCCAAGGAGCAAGGUUUGCAUCAUGCUAGUCUGUGAUGUAGAGUACAUUCUUAUCUAAUGGCAGACUCCAUCAGGACUGCUCCUUUUCUAUAAACGCUCCUCUUUCAGAGAUCUGUAGAGCAGCUAGCUACGUGGUCACCACCUAACUUUCACAAGGCAUUGCAAAUUGGAUGCAUGUGACUCAGCUGAAACAGUCUUCAGCAGGAGGAUGCUCCAGUGAUAGUAUCCCUUUUUGAGGUCAGUUACACACACUUCCUAAUCAAAUUGAACUUUAGCAUGUCUCAGUCUUUGGAAUACUUUCUCACACCAUGCACUUAAUGUGAAGGUCUUUUUUGGUAUGAUAGGAUGGAGUUGUCCAACCCCACCCUUCAUGGGUGACUGAUGGAAUACCAACUGAUGUGCUUCUCCGGAUACAACACCCUUACCACAUGACUUGUGUCUGUUGUGAGUCCAUUUAUCCUCUUUCAACUCUCAGGGUUCUCUCACAAUAAUUACUGCUUCACCUCUGUCCUCCUGUUUCACCUUGCUCAGCCUUGGAAGGAACUGGGGGUGGAGCUAGAGGAAACAACACUAAAAAAUCACAAUAAUGCAGUCCCUACCUUUUUGGACUCCUUUAUCACACCAUACCAAAAUGGAACAUCUUUGUAAUCUUCAGUGUCUCAUUUAGUUUUCAUUUCAACAGUGCUAUAAUUUAUUUAUUCAAGUGACAGAGUAGAAAACAAGGAAUUUAUGUUGAGGGCACUGAGCAUCCUUUUUGAUAGUACCCAGAGUUUAGCUUUUCUUGUAUGCCUCCAGUGAAGUAGUAGCUGUUCAUUUCUAAAUGCUCUUGGAAGAAAUAGUUUACCUAGACUCAUUUCAAUCUUGGUAACCUCCCAGUUGGAUUACUGCAAGAGCAGGCAACUAUUUUGCCCACAGAUGCUAUAUAUGGUGCUGGCUGGUUGACUGGGGACCAUAUGCAUGCAUGUUUACUAACACUUCCUUUAUAGCAAUUUUAAUAUGCAGGGAGAUUUAAAUCUUCCUUCCUUUUGUGCUGAGAUCUCCUCAUGUGUUUUCCUACUGCCCAGAAAUAGCUUUUUUCCAGUGUCCAUUACAGGGAGCAGUGAUGCUCUCAAAGCAUACCAUUUCAAUGGGUAGGAAAGCAAGCUAGUUUGUUUCUUGUGCAUUGGCCUUGCCGUUUAAAAACAGGCCGUGUAGAGCAGAAUAUUGAUGGGGUGGGUAGCACAUGGGGUGAGUCAUCCUUGUCUACCACCCUCUUCAUCGUCAUAAUACUCACCUGGGUAACAGAAGAAAAUUUUGUGGCCAUCACAGCUUGUGCAUGUUGAAUAGAAGGUGGCCUGCCCAUAUGUGAUUUCCUGGAAUGCAUUAUGUGUGCAUAUGUUAUGCAGCAUAAAGUGUUCCUACAAAAGUGGCUGGAAUAGGUAGUGAUCUCUGUUAAGACUUGUUUGUUUCAUAGAUGUUAUAUUUUUCACAUCCAGAUAAGAAAAGGUUUUGCAUAACUCAUCUACAAGGGAAAGCUGUGUUUAUAUUAUUUCUUGUGAACAGGGUGGUUUUCUGGAUAGUGUUCACAUGAGUAGCACAUAGGAAGAGACUUCAAAUUAAUUUCAAGAAAAAGCUAGCUGAGGCAGUCACUGAUGGUUUGCAUGUGAUAAUAAUGCAAAGUAUGGGUUGCCACUGAUUCAUGGGUAGCUGUUGAAUCACAGGUGGUUGUUUCAUAUGAACCCUGCAUUGUGGUUUAAUUAUGGAUUUUUAACAAUCCAUAAAAGGAAUCUGUGCUUUGUUGGGAUGUAAUCUCUAGGUUGAUUGUGGCUAACAACACAUAGUGUAAUCUUUGCAUGUGAAGUCAACCCAUGACUGAGAAAUUCAUACGCAACCCUUAUUCUGGAUAGUCAUUAUAUGUGAACCAUGUUGUUAUCUCUGAAGAUCAGUGAAGAGAAUAAUGUUCUCCAGUAAGCAGGUUUCAUUGUCUCUAGAUAUAUGCAUGAAUAAAUGUAAUGUGUGAACUACAUUUCACAGAUAGCAGUGGUUCUGUGAUCACAAUUGCUGGAGAAAAUUCCAACAUGAUCAGGGAAUUUUCCAUAUCCACAUUUACCUGCUUACACAUGUCCCUUUAGCCAGGGGUUGUUAAGAAAACUCAUAUUGCAAAAUUGCCCCAAUCACAGUACUUUUGUGAAGAUAAUUUAUAGAAAUAUGUAUUAUAAAUUCCAAGCUUUUCGGGUAGGACAGGAAAACAAUAAUUUAAUCAUUGACUUUCCUCUUAAUUUGCAGAAGCACUGUCAUGAAAAGGAAGCUAUAAUAAGUUAUUCACCGUAUGAAUUUUGGCUUGCACGUGAAAUCUGCCAGGUAAUUCAAGGACCUGUAGAAUAUGAGUGAUGACAAACCAUUUUUAUGCACUGCCCCUGGAUGUGGACAGCGUUUUACCAACGAGGAUCAUUUGGCUGUCCAUAAACAUAAACAUGAGAUGACACUGAAAUUUGGUCCAGCUCGUAAUGACAGUGUCAUUGUGGCUGAUCAGACCCCAACACCAACUCGAUUUCUGAAGAAUUGUGAAGAAGUGGGUUUAUUCAAUGAGCUAGCAAGUCCUUUUGAAAAUGAAUUCAAAAAAGCUUCUGAAGAUGAUAUUAAGAAAAUGCCUCUAGACUUAUCACCUCUUGCAACACCAAUUAUUAGAAAUAAAAUUGAAGAGACUUCAGUUGUUGAGACAACUCACCAGGAUAGCCCCUUACCUCAUCCAGAGUCCACUACCAGUGACGAAAAGGAAGUGUGUCUGCAGCAGACUGCUCAGCCUACAUCCACAAUUGUUCGGCCAGCUUCUCUACAGGUUCCUAAUGUGUUGCUUGCAAGUUCUGACUCAAGUGUCAUUAUUCAGCAAGCCAUCCCUUCACCAACUUCUAGUACUGUCAUUACGCAAGCUCCAUCCUCCAAUAGGCCAAUAGUACCGGUGCCAGGUCCUUUCCCCCUGCUGUUGCAUCUUCCUAAUGGACAAACCAUGCCUGUUGCUAUUCCUGCCACGAUCACGAAUUCUAAUGUGCAUGUCCCAACUGCAGUUCCACUUGUUAGACCUGUCACCAUGGUGCCUAGCAUCCCAGGAAUUCCAGGUCCUUCUUCUCCACAACCUGUGCAGUCAGAGGCAAAAUUGGGAUCGAGGACAUCUGAAACAUCAUGGGCAACUGAGCAGGUGGCUGCAGGAGUAAGGAGAUUAAAAGCUGCCUUGACCCAGCAGCACUCUCAGGUAACAAAUGGAGAUACUGGGAAGGGACAAGCAAGUGGACUGGUUAGGACACAGUCAGAGGAAGCACGACCGCAGUCACUGCAGCAGCCUGCUACAUCUACUACUGAAACACCGGCUUCUCCAGCUCAGCCUGCACCACAAACUCCAAAUACAGGGGGUCGCCGAAGAAGAGCUGCAAAUGAAGAUCCUGAUGAGAAAAGGCGGAAAUUCCUAGAAAGGAACAGGGCAGCUGCAUCAAGAUGUAGACAAAAAAGGAAAGUAUGGGUCCAGUCUUUGGAGAAGAAGGCAGAAGACCUGAGCUCAUUAAAUGGCCAACUACAGAAUGAAGUCACCCUGCUGAGAAAUGAAGUGGCGCAGCUGAAACAGCUUCUUCUGGCUCAUAAAGAUUGCCCUGUAACAGCCAUGCAGAAGAAAUCUGGCUAUCAUACCACAGAUAAAGACGAUAGUUCUGAAGACAUUUCCGUGCCAAAUAGCCCCCACACAGAAGCUAUCCAGCAUAGCUCAGUCAGCACUUCCAAUGGAGUAAGCUCAACCUCCAAGGCAGAAGCGGUGGCUACGUCGGUCCUCACCCCGAUGGCAGACCAGAGCACAGAGCCCGUGCUUUCGCAGAUUGUAAUGGCUCCUCCGUCCCAAUCACAGCCUUCCGGAAGUUGAUUAAAAACUUGCAUUGCUUUUAGAUAUUCCUUAGCAACUUCAAAGGGAAACCAAGGAGAGCAGCCUUCAUCUAGGAGAAAUCUGUAGUUUAAAAAUUAUUCAUCUGUAAAAUUCAAACUUGAAUUUGGCUUUGAAAGUUGGCAAACAGGAAUUGCACAGCAGGUUCUACUCUCUUAAUAGACACCCAGGUUUGUUUUUCUUUCUUCAGAUUGGUCAUUAUUUUCAGUGCUUGUCAUGUAGUGUUGGUACAGUUAUGUACUUCUCUUUCAUUUGAUGGUGUUCCAGAGAUCAGUCACUUAAUGCUAACCCCCAAAACUGUGAUAGUAAUCUUGUAAUAUUUUAUACCAAAGUUCUGCAUAGAUUCCUAUUGACUUUGUAAAGUCUACAAGAUCAAAAAGCACUAGGCAAGAGAAAAAAGACAGGAACAGUAAAUUUGCUUUUAGUCUUUUUGCCUUUAUAUUGUUUUGCACAUUAUGAGAGGAAAAACAUUGGGAGAAUAUGUUUGAUUAUAUUGUUGUAGCAUUUUCUUUUGCUUUUUAACUGUUUGGGUGUUUUAAAGAAUUUUGUUUAACAGGGCCAGUACAGUAUAUAAUAUACAGUACUUUUAUGCACAUACAUAAUCUUGAUCAGGGUCAUUGCUAGCUAGAUUUUGUGCUUUUUUUCAAACAAAUGUCAUCUUAGCUAACACUUCCAUUUUUAAAAUCAGAAACUUCAUUUUUGCUGCAAAAAGAAAAACUGCAGCGACCCUUUUCUUAUGAAAGUAACAAAGAACAGCAGACAGACACACAACAGCGUUAUGAAAGAUGGAAUACCUUUUCAAAGCUAACUUGAUAUUUUGUGGUUUCUUGAGUCUUAAAGUGAGGAGCUAAUUCAUACUUCAAUAUGGUGUGGAUGCCAGGAAAGUUUAAAGUUCUCUCAUCAAACAACUCAAGAUUACAUUUUUGUUGUUGUCUUGUAUUUGCAAGGUAACUUGUACUUUAUUCUUGUGUAAGCACUGUCAUCUUUUAGUAGCAAAAUUUUGAUACCUUUCUUGUUGGGGGUGGGGGAAUCAAUUAUCUACCAUACCGUGGAAACAAUGUAAUUAUAGUGCGGGGUGUGCGCAUGUGUGUAUGUAUGAGAGAGAGUGUGAGAGAGAAAGAGAGAGUGGUUUACUAGUAUAUGCCAGCAGUCUGUGCUUGAAUGUUUAAAGAUGCCUUCAGUGUGAUGCUGGCUUGAUAGAUGUUUGCAGUUUUGAAAUGUUAUUUACUGUGUGAACUUGGAUAACUAACAUUCCAUGAUGUAGUUUGUUUCUGAUGAGAUGAUUGUAGGUACAGUUCUUCUCAUUAUCCAAUCAUCUGUAGGAUAUUGAGUUUUUUUAAUGUGCCAUUAUCUAUUUUAAUUCUGUACUCAUGUUAAAAAGUAUACUAUUUUAUGAUUAACUUGUAAAAGCUCAAAAAAUAUGUGUGUGCUUUCACAUCAGAAAAUGUUGUAUAACAGCAAAGUACACAGUAGCAACAUCUGGCAGUAGAAAGCAAGUUCCAUUAUGUAUAUAACAAACAUUUAAUGCAUUUAUUGUGGGUUGUGUAACUCAUUUGUUCUAUGCUCUGUUUUAACCCAGGGUGCCAUCAAACUAUGAAAUGAAGCAUUCAGUUUUAAAUCAUUGAAUUGUAAUUGGUGGUAAUGGCAGAGAACAACUUUAAUUUGAAUGAUGUACAACCAAACAAGAAUGGAAGCUGGACAAAGUUAUCAAAUUAUGUAUAUAUCAUUUCAGUGCUUUGUCCAAAAAUAAGAAUUUAAAUAUUUUGUGUAUUAAAAAUGUAAGGAAACAGGUUUUUGCGUAGUCUGCAAAACAUUGUUCUAAAUACAUUUAUCAUGUUUAAAAGGAAUUUAAUUUUGAAAACAAAUUUUCAGAAUUUAAAGAACAAAACCCACAGAUCUUCAAUAUAAAAUGUGAAUUCUACAAGAAACCGCUGCAGAUCGUUGCCCUGAUCCAGUCAAAUCAUGCUGAAUGGGGAUAUACCCCAACCAAAAGCAAGUUGAGGGCAUCCACAUUCAUACACAAACCCAGUCCCUGACCUUGUGAGUUAAUUAGGAACACAGAAGCCUGCUUCUACACACAUUUCCUUAUCUGGACUGGGGCGAUUGUCUCCCACUGUGGAUUGGAUGAACCAGGUAGCUUAAUUUGGUUCUGUUUGCUCCCUUCAGUAGGAUGGGCAUAAUGACCUGGCACUGCUGUGCUCUUCUACCUCCCUUCAUUUCCUCACUGGAAUGAAUGGUGUUUGUGCAGUAGCAAUGCCUGGUGCUGUAUAAGGCAUUUCUAUUUUUAAACCUUAUUUAAUAUAAAACGGUUGGCUUUUUUUUAAGUAAUAAAGCUGUUGCUGUUGUAAAGUAAAUCUAAAUAUGUGUAAGGAGAUAUGUAAAUGAUUUUAAUGGAGGGGCUAGUGAAAAUCCUAUCUAUGUUCAGCCAACAGAAAAGUUGUACAAGCAUAGAUUCCAUUUUAAAAUGUAUGUCACACUACUUCUGUAUUUCUCAUUUGAGAUUCUUGCGUUUGACAUGUUUCACAAACUGUACAGUUUUCUUCAGUGUGCAGUUUGCAUGAGUAAAUCAUCAGAGAAUAAAAUCUAUCUUUAAAUUGUA